AAUACACACACAAAAUUAUUGAUAAGUACACAAAUACAGAGAUAUGCUCACACCCCAAGCCUGAAAUCACUUUGGAAAUCACCUGGAGGGACUAUAGGGUGAAUAGAGAAAGGGGUCCAGGGUUUUAACACAGAACCCCGAGGGCCUGCAGUGGGAAGGCAGGUUGGUCGGCUGGUUUGUUAGACUCAGGUCCACCGGCCAUACAGCACUCCAGUCAUCGCCAGCAGGUGAAGGAUUCAUUCACAGGGACUCACCAACACAACAGGCGAGGAAGCACUGACAUUGUCCACCCAACACCAUGGACCAGGAGGAUGACAAAAACUCAGUGGAUAUCCAUGACAAUCCACCAGCUCCUGACAAUGUAGUGAGGGAGGACGGAGACACCGUCUAUUUCAUAUAUGAGGAGGAGGUGGAAGUGGAGGAGAAGGAACCGGAACCUCCUCCCAACCCAGCUCUGCGGGUCAACGACAAACCCCACAAGUUCAAGGACCACUACUGCAAGAAACCCAAGUUCUGUGAUGUCUGUGCUCGCAUGAUCGUCUUGAACAACAAGUUUGCUCUGAGGUGUAAAAACUGCAAGACAAACAUCCACCAUGCAUGUCAGUCAUAUGUCGAGUUCCAGAGAUGCUUUGGCAAAAUUGUGAGUCCUGUUCCCUCUGCUGUCGUGCUCUGGGAAUGGAUUUCAUUCUCUGGGAAACAACAAUAUCUACAGUACAGUAUCCCGCCUGGCUUCAGAAGGGCCUACAGCUCCCCCCUGUACAGCAGUGACCAACCAGAUUCAAACAACCCAAACCGGAACGACCCCGUCUUUGACACCCUGCGGGUCGGUGUCAUCAUGGCAAAUAAGGAGCGCAAAAAGAAUGAAAAUGACAAGAAAAAUAUGAUGAUGAUGAUGGAGGAAGAGGAAGAAGAGAACCAACAGCCCAAAGAGAGUGAGGAGGGAGGAGAAGGGAAGCCUGAUGAUAAGAAGGACAAAGGAGGAGACAAAGCAGAUGAUAAGAGUAAGGGCACAUUCUCCCAGUCCCACUAUUACCUGGCUCUCUACCGCUUCAAGGCCAUCGAGAAAGACGACCUGGACUUCCACCCUGGUGAUCGGAUCACAGUCCUGGAUGACUCCAAUGAAGAGUGGUGGAGGGGAAAGGUGGGAGAUAAGGCAGGCUACUUCCCCACCAACUACCUCAUAAAAGUGCGUGCUUCGGAAAGAGUUUACAAGGUGACACGCUCCUUUGUAGGGAACAGAGAGAUGGGACAAAUCACACUGAAGAAAGAUCAGAUUGUGGUGAAGAAAGGAGAUGAGAAAGGCGGCUACUUGAAGGUCAGCACUGGACGCAAGCUGGGCUACUUCCCUGCUGAUCUGCUGCAGGAGAUCACUGUGACAUAAAAACCAUGAUAUGCAAUGAAAGAGCCUGCAACACACUUUAAAUAUCAGCACAAACUUGGGCAAACUGUUUGGGAGAUCCUCCUGAUCUUUCAGCAAUGUUCUAUAUUUGUUACCCAAAAAAAAAAAAAAAAAAAAAAAAAAAAA